AAGUGAUAAAAUACUUGUUCGAUCUGGUUUUAAAACAUUUCCUUCCCAAGGGAGCGAGAAUCGAAGCUCCACCGAUCGAAUCCAUUUGUUGCGUCAAUGGCGACAAGGUUUCUUCAUCGACAACGUUUGGAGAAAGGUGAUUCCUUUAGCCGUCUUUUGAGCCUCUCUCUCUGGUUUCGAGCUUUCUGCGAUUACCGAGGAGCCAUUUCGAGAAACAGUCUUCCCUUCAGCGAAGCUCUGGAUCUCUUCACUCGCAUGGCCGAGUCUCGUCCCCUUCCUUCCAUCAUCGAUUUCACGAAGCUGCUAACCGCUAUUUCCAAAUCCAAGAGAUUCCAUGUCGUCAUCACUCUCUGCAACCAUCUCGAGACGUUAGGGAUUUCACACGAUAUCUAUACCUGCAAUCUCCUAAUCAACUGUCUCUCCCAAUCUCCUCAACCUCAUCUCGCUUCCUCGUUUCUUGGGAAGAUGAUGAAACUCGGCUUUAGCCCUGACAUCGUCACUUUUACAUCUCUCGUCCAUGGAUUCUGCAUCAGGAAUAGACCCGACGAUGCCAUGUAUAUCGUUAAUCAGAUGGGAAGAAUCGAACCUGAUGUUGUAAUGUACACUACACUCAUUGAGAGUCUUUGCAGAAACGGUCUUGUGGAUAAGGCCAUGAGCAUGUUCGACCAAAUGGAGGUGAAACCUGAUGCUGUCACCUACACGUCUCUCGUGAACGGUCUUUGUAACUCUGGUAGGUUUGAUGAUGCUGUUACGCUACUGAACGAUAUGAUGAGAAGGAGAAUUAACCCUGAUGUUAUCACUUUCAAUGCGUUGAUCGAUGGGUUUGUGAAGAAAGGGAAGCUUUUGGAGGCUAGAGAGCUGUACAGUGAGAUGACUCGAGUCUCUGUAGCUCCUGAUGUCUUCACUUACACUUCCUUGAUCAACGGGCUUUGCAUGGAAGGUCGUGUCGAUGAGGCCAAGGAGAUGUUUUAUUCUAUGGAGUGCUUUCCAGAUGUUGUGGCUUAUACUAGUCUCAUAAACGGUUUCUGCAAAUCGAGAAAGGUAGAGUAUGGGAUGAAACUCUUCUACGAGAUGACUCACAGAGGUUUACUUGGUAACACCAUCACUUACACCACUCUUAUCCAAGGUUUCUGUCAAGUGGGUAAACAUAAAGCCGCACAAGAGUUUUUUUGUCAGAUGGUUUCUCGUGGGGUGUCUCCCAAUAUUAGGACCUACAACGUUUUGUUGCAUGGACUGUGUUUGAAUGGGAAGCUAGAUAAAGCGUUGUUGAUAUUUGAAGAUAUACAAAAGAGAGAGAUUGAUGUUAAUAUUGUUACGUAUACUAUAAUCAUCCAAGGGAUGUGCAAAGCUGGUAAACUCAAAGAUGCUGUUGAUUUGUUUUGUAGCCUCCCUUCCAAAGGGAUGAAGCCUAACGUUGUAACAUACAGUACAAUGAUAUCAGGGCUGUUUAGGGAAGGGUUAAAGCUUGAAGCUCAUGUGUUGUUUAGGAAAAUGAAAGAAGAUGGGGUUGUUUCACCAAAUUAGUUGAAACACCAUAGGUGAAGCGAUGAUUGCUUCUUCUGUUCACAGAAUGUGAUGGUGCAGAGCAGUUACAGUUUCUAAUGGGAUAUAUGAUGUAACUUUCAUAAGCACAUGUUGCCUAUGUGUGUGUAGGAUGAUGAUUCACAUUUGUAUCUUUGAUGUGCCUCUAAAAGAAAGGAUAUGGAUGCAGCUUAUAAGGUUUCCAAGGGGAGCAUCAGAAAGACUUCCGUAGAGAUGAAGUUUAUACACUUAGCUUAUUACUAGUAAUUACAUAGUUGUUGUGAAGCAACCAGGAAUUGUUUAUACAUACAGUGAGGAGAGGAUGUGAUAGCCGAGAGGAUGUAGGCUCAUUUAGAAAAGUGCAUACAUAGAUUGAUUUAUUUUCAUGGGUUUUUAGUAAUAAAACCCCUCAAC